UAUUGCACCAUCCUUUAUCUUCUUCAAACUAAACAAUAAAACCAAAAACCAAGUAGAGAAGAAAGCAAUGGCCGCUGCUCUCUCCGGUGUAAGCCUCUCAACACCAAGAGGAGUCAUCUCCAGCAAGUCAGAGAUCCCAAAAGCUCCAAAACGGAGCCUUGUGUCCUGGAACACCAAGAUCGGCUAUGGAGCAGGUCGCAUGGUGGCCGUACAGCCUGUCCACAGCACGCCAACGCCUUCAGGUAUAUCCGGCAAGGUAGAGGAGAGCAUUGAAAAGGCAAAGGAGGCAUGCGCAGGCGACAAUGAAAGCGGAGAGUGUGCGGCUGCGUGGGAUGAGGUGGAGGAGCUCAGUGCUGCGGCAAGCCAUGCACGCGACAAGGCGAAGGAUUCUGAUCCUCUGGAGGCCUACUGCAAGGAUAACCCGGAGACUGAUGAGUGCAGAACCUAUGAAGAUUGAUCUUGAACAAGAGUUUGGAUGGUGGGUUGUUUGAACUAUAUUAUUUGUAUUAUUAAUCAUUUUUCUUGUAUUUUUAUAUGUGGUUUUAGAUCCCAUAAAUGGAAACAGUGAAUGGUUAUUAGUAAUUCAGUUUUAUGUUUGUGA